AUGAGAGAAACAGAGUGCUCUAUAAUCUGUGCGUUACAACGAGUUGUUUGAUGUUCCACUUGAGGUGUGUUCCCUCGGUAUAAUCCGAGAGAAAAAUGAAGGGACUUGAUAAUCGUAGCAUGGUCGGUAUACAACUGUAUAUUGAGACCCCCUCGAGACUCCUCCUGGUAUCCCAAUCCCAUCCUGCGCUUCUCUCCAACUAAAAUGGCAGGUCCUGCACAAAGAAAAUCUUUUUAGUCACAGUACACUUUCCCGGUUUUGAACUUAAAAUCUACAAUCACCAAUCAUUUGUCGUGAAACUAGAAAUCGCAUACGUAUACUAGAGUCAUUAUAUCCACCCUUAAGCGUAAGCAAAUCUUAGAGGUGGUGAAGGAUAGUAGGAUCGAACCUCAUCUGUCUCUUUGUACCAAUAGAAAUAUUCAAUUUCAAUACCUCGCGAACAGGUAAAUGAAUGAAUGAAUGAAAAAAACCAUAUUCUUCUAGAACUAGAAAACAACAAAAUGGAGUCAUUUGCUCGUGUGCUUUGUAGUGGUGGUUCCUCCUUGCUCGGUCGCAGAUCGAAACGAAGCAAAUUGACUUUCGCAACCAAGAGGAACAUGGACAACAUCCUCAACGUCGAGGGUUCCCACAAAGCUGAAGCAGUAGUUGCUAGUCCUGAAGAUGUCACGCUCCAAGAGAUGAAGGCUGAGGGUGAAGCUGCUGCUGGUGCUGAAGCUGGUGCUGAAGAGAUUGCAGAAGGUGCAGAAGACGCAGCCGCCAAAGCAGCCCAAGCAGCUGUUUCUAAGAAAAAGAAGAAGGGAGGCUGUUGUGGUGGAGGGGGACCUGACCCAGAUGAAAAAGCUGCGGAGGUAGUAGAAGAGCCCACAGAAGCGCCAAAGAAACCGACGUUGCGGGAGAUGCAAGUGACGACGACAAGGAAUAAGGGAAGGGUACUUUUGCGUUUAUUUAGUAAUUUCAGAUGAAGAGGGUGUCAUCUGUGUCGUGGAUACAAGUGCAUCUCUAGUAAAAAACUGCAUGUUGUACGAUAAAUAUGGAUCACAAUUUUUCCACCCUUUUCUACUUCUUCAGGUAUUAGCCGACCGACGGAAAGCCAAGCAGGAGACUGUGAUAACGGUCGCUCAGGCUGCGGAGAGGUUCAGAGGCACGUGGGUUCAGCAAGGCGUGAUAAAAGCAGAUGACUUGAUGCAAGAAAUAGGGGUUUCAGACUACAUGCAACAGGCAGCAAGAGCAUCAGGAUAUGGCGCAGGACGUGCACUAAUGAAAGUCGAAACUGCUAGUGAGACAGAGAUGCAAGUGCAGCUUUUUGGGAUGGGGAAAAGCAUAACGCAAAAGCUGAAGAUUGGAGGAGGUAUAAAAAUAUAAGUAAUAGUUUUACUUCUUAAGCUUGUUGUGUAGAUGCUGCUUCAGUCGUCCUCUGAAUCUGAUGAAGAUACAAGUUCAGUGAGAGGAACAUGAACAAUAGAAGGAGCACAUGAACAACGUUUCAAUUUGGAACUAUAUUACAGCAGUACAGAGUAACCCGUGUGGUCUCCUGCAUACCCAUCCAAAUCUACCACCAACACCACACAGUCGACGCUCCCACGAGUCAAACAGUGGACACUUUCGACGGCCCACUAGACUGUAAGGUCCGAUGGACAGCCGAGAACGAAUUGGAAAUGGUCUUUUCCACGCGAUGGGGCCAAGAGGUGAAGCAGGUUCGUAGUGUCAGCGUCGACAAUGAGGAGAUAGUGUUUGCCAUAACACAUAAUGGCAUAACCUGUAGGAGAUUCUGGAGAAGAAUCGCGAUGCCGGAGACGGUGAAAGUGACGAGUACUACUAAAACUGUAGACGUAUUUGUUUGAAGUUUACCGGCGGAGCUCGGUGUGCAGGAUCCAUAACCUAACCUAGCCUAACCUUUACCUAGAUUUUUGAUUUGAUCGAUCUCUCCCAUGAUCCCCAUGCAUGAAUCCCUCACCUACAGCAUCUUCCCUCACCUGCAAUUACAAACGUUCCCCAGGUCCAACCGAUGAAACGGCUGAGCCAGUGAUCCCUGCUGACGUUACCGAAGCUCUAGAAAGCAGUGGACUCCCAAGCGACGAUCCAGAGGAGAUCGCGGAGAUUAUAGCCCAACAAGGAAAGAAAAUAUCAGCAGGAGAACAACUGCAACUAUACUUAUGGCCACCAUAGUACUAGAAAAUUCUACUAAACUCAUCCAUUCUACUCAUCAAUGAUGCGAAUUCGAACUUUGCGAACCACCAUUAUAUGUCAUCGACAACGUAGACGCUACACUCCCUUAUAGCCGCUAGUUAAUUAUAGUGAAAGACAGUUCUCCUUCUUCAGUUGCCGCAUACCCUAGUUAGUGGCUCAAGUUGGUCUCCUAAAUAUGCAAAGAACUCAUGGCUGUUCCUUAUUUCAGGGUAGGUUAAAGGUGCUUUUCUUACCGCUUUUUAUGCCUCUCCUAAGGGAGAAAGGCAGAACAAGCGGGGUAAGCGAGCACCAAAAGCCUAGCUCUAACUUAUAUAUAGUGAAAUGCACUCUCAUAGCUUCACCCAUAGCUUCACCCACCUCUAAUCUUUGGUCUCUACAAGCAAGCGAUGUUCGGCGACGCGCCUACGGUAUCCCCAGACCCCAAAAGAGAAGGCAAUUUAGCAGCCUCCAGGUGGAAACAGUGGAAUUUGAGUAGGGGAAAGGACGCCGCGGCAGCCAAGACGGAGUAUGUAGUGCUGGCAGCAAAAACGCUUGUUAAAGCGAAGGGAGGGGGAGUAUGAAGAUUGUUUUGGGAAGUCGAUGAAUCUUUGGGAGAAAAGGGAGAUGUUUUGGGAAGUCGAUGAAUCUUUGGGAGAAAAGGGAGAAAGAUUUAAGAUGCUUUCUUUGAUUCAACUCAGGAAAGGUGGAAUAACAUCGUUCCUCAUAUAAUAGCACAGUCACACCUGAUAGUUUUAACUACAGCCGAGCUAAGACAUUUGCCUUAGGUGCAAACCAGUGGUAUUAGCAUCACGAACAUGAUGAAAUUGAACCGGAACAUGAAGACUGCUUAAUACAACGCUAAUGAGUAGUUAUGAAGAAGUUAUGAAUCUCAAUCUUGUUUUGAGACGCACCUAAGUGGCUAGAUUGACGCAAAUGAUUUUUCCGACCCUGUUUGAUACCAGAGAAAAAUAGCAUAAAAACUUCGUGUGAAACCUUAGGGUGACUAAUGCUCACGCUUCGGGAAU